AUGUUUUCACGACUCUUUGCGCUCAAUGUCCUCCUGACGACCGUUCUGACAGCGCACGCGACCAUCUAUGUCACAGAGCCCACGACCGGCUCUACAUAUAGUGGUGGCCAGGCUAUCACUGUCUCCUGGCUAGACAAUGGUGAACAACCGUUGUUGAGUGACAUUGGCGCGUGCAAUAUUGCCCUGUACAAUGGAAAUGACGUGCUGAUCCAGCAAAUUCAGCCUGUUGACGUAUCCACCGUACACUCUUUGAUAUUCGCGCCGGACCCGAAUGCUGGACCUGACUCCAGUAACUACUAUGUCCAAUUUACAUCUGUGAAUUCUGUAGCUGGCGGACCGUAUUAUCAGUAUUCUCCCUCCUUCACUCUCACUUCCAUGAGUGGGAGUUUGAGCUCUCCCGUUGCUAGCGACACUUCCUCCAUCUCAGUACCCUCUACUGCUAGCACUCCGUCCGCAUCGGCAACGCCCACACCAACUGGUAGCGCCGCAUCGUCGGCUGCCAGCAGUGUCGCAUCGUCUGCAUCUGCUGCAAGUAGCGCCGCGUCAUCUCUCUCUAGCGCCGCCAGCAGUGUCGCAUCGUCGAUCUCAGGUGCUGCGAGCAGCGCAGUGUCAUCUGCCUCCAGUGCCGUGAGCAGCGCCGCGUCGUCUGUGUCUGCUGUUGGCACCAGUAGGACCUCAUCCCCGUCGAGCGCUGCUAGCAGCGCCCUGUCGUCGCUGUCGAGUGCGGCUUCCGGAUUCUCCACAUCUCGCCCCCCAAGUUCGACUGGGUCAUCGACAUCGUCCUCUUCAUCGUCUACGCAGUCGUCGUCCGCAGCAAAGGAUGUGGACGUCUCCACCAGCUUCUUUGCACUGUCAUUCGCGAUGGCUGGCGUGAUUGCGGGCACUGCGAUGUUGUGA